CUGGUUCUCCAGCGCGGUUAGGUUACGUGUUGUUUGACUAGCUCCGUGUGAGUCGGCGGAUUUUUGCCGGAUGUAUUGAGAAACUUGUCGCUCUUGUCCGCAAGCCGGCUGAAACGAUAGGUAAGGCCAGUAGCCGGGGACACGCGACGAUCUGGAAUCCGGAACGGCGCCCUCCCCAUCAGCGCUUCCCAAUCGGCCGAAUGUUCUUUUUGGAACAGACAUAGCGACGUCGAGGAGCCGAUAGUGGGGACCAAUUCAAUCCGUGUACAAUCUGCAUACCUUCUACGGAUAAUUGACAUUUAAAAUUCAUCGUUUACGAGAUGCGUAACAAGUCGGCUUUGAUUUAAUCGCACGUUUCAUGCCCAUGAUUCUUCACGCAAGCAUAUAUGGACAAAAUGCCGAAAGUACGGAUAUUUUCGCGCUCCGUCUUGAACACUCGUCCGGUCAACAUGACGUUGAAUUUGGAGUGUACCGAGGAGCCCCUAAGCGAAGCGCAGAAGAAGCUAAGAACGAAGCUCAAAGAGGAUUGUGAUAGAGUUGCAGGUAUCUUGGAAGAAUUGGUUAAAGACGGAGGUAAAGUGGUGUGCCAAGCGGGGAAUGUCAGUGGUUAUCAGUAUACAUUGCCUACACCAGCGUCAGCGCCGACGCCAGCAGUAGUUCCGAACAACGCUCAGAUUUUAAAUGUCGCCCAAUCAAACAAGAAUGCAGCACCAAUUAAAUUGAAUAUUGGUAACACAAGUGGAGUAACUCAGGGGAAUAUCCAACUGGUAGUUGAUCCGCGUAUGGGAGUUAUUUUGGGACCUGUUAGCAAGACUCAAGUUUCAGGUACAACUACUACAACCACAUCUGCGGCUUCGACUGUGGCACAACCUCAACAAGAGAAUUUUAAAUACACCAGAUCUGGCCGUAGGUCAAAGGUUCUUCAAGUGCAGCAACCUGAUAUUAUAGAAGAGCCUGCACCCACAGUUAGUCGCGUGAAAUCAAAGCCUCCAUCGACGCAGGUCACAUCAAGUAAGGGUUCCUCAGCUACUACCUCUCAGGGUGUGUCAAAUCUCAGAGUAAAGUCUAUCAAUAAACAGGCAGUGAAUCAAUCGACUGUCAAACCUACAGAACACACUAGUAUAGGUGGAAUAGCCAUCGGCAGCAAAAAUACAGUAAGCGAACAGAUGGACGAAGCCAAGAAGAAUCAGCCUGACGGCAGAGAAUUUACAUUUAACAAAACAACUGGCGGCCGAACCUUCCCAUCCUUGGUAGUAGUAGCACGACCAAAUUUACGUAUCAAAGACCUUCAGCCGCAAGUUGCACAAAAAGAAAGACAAGCAUUAGAUGCCAAAGUUAAGAAUGUUCUCAUGUAUUCCGCCACAAAAUUCGCCGAAUGGCUGAUACAGCAAGGGUUAGUAAAAUCGGAGCAAUACUGUUUGCAGCACGGCCCAGGCUAUCAGAGGCUUAAACUCAAAUUAGGAAUGUACAGUGAUCAGGGAACGUUUCCCUACUCCGGCGGUUACGUUUGGAUUUCCAGUUGUUGUCCCGACAGAUUCGUCUCCGUUUUUUCCGGUUCCAUUUUCCAAGGAGCCCACUACACGCCUACGGUCUUGUUAAAAUUGAUUUAUCACUGGGCGUGUCAAACUAACGUGCAAAACGUAGUCUCCUGGGUGAAAGUUUCCAAUAUAUACCUAAAGAACUUUUAUACAAAUCUACGUAGCAUUUGCACAGCGGCGGUGUGGGACAAAAGUCGUAAGAUGGGCGGUAAAAAUUCAGUGAUACAAGUCGGUGUGAUUAGUUUAGGCACGACAUCGCAAGACGGACAUUUGCGACAGGUGAAAGUCGAGGUUCUCGGCGUUCUAGAUCCUUCCACGUUGGACAUACGAUUGCGCGCCUGUGAGCCGAUACAGGACGGUGAUAGAUCGUUUAAAAGACGGUUUAACAAUAUUCUACACCCACUGAAAGAAUGGGUCCAUACAGACUCCAAAAUAAUGACCGACUACACUGUCGACAAGAGCACGUUGCAAGAUAUGGGCUAUAAUCACGUCACGCAGUCUGCAUUUUCCGAGCAGAGCGCUAGAAGUGUCAUGAGCAAUUACCAUAUCAUGGAGUAUCUCAGAAAAAUUGUGCCGAGAAUGUUUCAGAACACAUUGAGUUUGCUCAGUAGGCAAAUGAUACAACAGUUCUUAGAUGAAUUAAUAUGGAGGGAGAUGUAUGGCGCUACAGCGGAGCGUGCGUUUGACAAUAUUAUUAAACAUAUUGCGGAACAAACUAGAAUCGAAUCCUAUGAAUCUUUAUUAGAUCGCCUGUCAAAGGUCGCUGCUAAUCCAUUUAAAGACUGGUCUUAUUCCAUUCCGGUAGCUGAGUCAUCCUCAAAAGAUUCAGCUGAUGUAGCAUCAUCCCAGAAAACCUCCGAGACUACUGCGACAAAAGUUGUGCGCCGAGGAAGAAAACGAAUUCAUCCCGUGACAACUCCGGAACACGAAGUAAAAAGAGCAGUAAUUGAUAAGAGUAAUAAGGAUGAAAAUAAAAGCGAGAAAGAACAAAUUCAGCUCCAAGAAUUAUAUUAUGCUACAAUGGAAGGCGAUAAGAACCUGAUCGUAAAGGAACCUAAGAUUUCUUUAUAUUUCAAGUGCUUCCUCUGCACGACAGUAAUGAGAUCUAAUACCGAAGUGAUGGAGCAUAUGGUUAGUCAUGUACCACCGCAAGUACCGGGUCAAUUGGAAUUGUCGGUAUGCCGAUACUGUUGCACCCCGCUUUCGUCCCAGCAUCAGUUGCGUACUCAUGUGUCGGAAACACACAGUAAUUUCGGUCAUUCCGAUAGCAUCAUGGUAGUAUGCGCUAUUUGCGAGGAGAAAUACGGAAAGAGCAAAUCGUUAAUCGAUCACUUGUCGUUGAUGCAUUAUCCUUCCGAAAUGCCGUAUCAGUGCGAAAGUUGCGGCUAUCGUACAUCCAGUCAUAAAGAUGUUAUAGAUCAUUAUUAUAAAAUCCACGAAAAGGGCGAAGGAUUGCAAUGUCCGUACUGUCUUAAAGUGAUACAAUUUGUGAACGAGGGCAAUCCGAACGCAUCCAACGUUUACGCUUACUUGUCGCAUAUGCAAAGGCACAUCGUAAGAAGGGAUCAAGGAAAAGGCAACAAAUGUUCAAGAUGCUGUCUCUGGUUUAACCAAAAGAGUUCCUUAGCACUGCAUCAGCGGAAGUUGCACGACUACGUUUGUAAUUCAAAAGCGGUACCAUAUUCUGCCGGCAAUAGUGGUAUAAUGGUCACGAAAGACAUACUGGAGACGACACGAUUUUCUGUAGAUAGUCCUCAACCCGAAUUACCACCAGAUGAAAAAAUACAAAGGUGGAAUACUAGACCAAUUAUGGUGAACACUUCCGUCAAAUAUUUAUCCUGCCAAGAAUGUGAAGAAGAUAUUGACGAAUAUGAACAUUAUCCAGGUGAGCAACGAUGUCAACAGUGCCGUUAUGUGACGUGUUGUUGGCGCGCAUUCCAAGAACAUCAACAACAAAUUCAUAAUGAAAGACCGAAAACCAGUCUGAUCGUGCCAUCUCCUUUAGUUAAUAUCCCGCUAGAUAAGAAACUGCAAUGCUCAUGUGGAUACACGUCGAUUGAUGGCAAUCGAUUAGCGAGACACUUGAUAAAGUGUAAAAAAAUGUCGGCACGUUUCGUUAAAGAAUCGGCAUCAUCUGGUAUGCUCGAUAGUUUAGGAUUAGUUCCGAGAACCGUAUCUGAGGAAUCUGAUGCAAACGAGAAAUCCAAUCCACGCAAUUAGAUGCAACAAAAAACAAGAAAUACCGCUUUUGUGAUGAAUAACAUAUAUAAAUAGACAUCAAAUUUUGAAAGAGAUGUAUAACGCAUCUAACUUUUUUUUUAUAUACAUAUGAAUAUUAAAACAUGAAUUGGCGAUUCUACUACAUCUGAAAUUUUGAAUCAACGAAAAAUGUAAACGACAGCAUAAUAGUAAACAUAGUAAACAUUUAACUUUUAAUUUUUGUUUCGAAAGUAUCAAAUAUAUUGAAUUAUGUAGUUUAUCUACUUAAAUUAAGCAAGAUCAUAUUGUUUUGUAUAUUGAUGCUAAUAAAAUUAUAUAUUAUGCCAAAUUUCAACACUUGCGGCAAUAUUUUUUGCACAAAUGACCUAUAUAUAUUUACAAUCAAUUUCAUUACGUUAGAAGUCGUUAUACUAUAGUUAUAUUUAAUUAAUAAUGUUUCAAUAAUGCGUUUUGUGAACAGUUUUUGUAUUAAAUAAAAGCACUUGCGUAUUCCGCA